CAUUCUGAUUCUUUGGAGCCCUUUUGUACCAAGCUUGACAGGAUGUUUUUAACAGAAUGUGACCUCACUGGGAUACUAGAGAAAAGAAUAAGGAGAUCAGAUCCAGCUGAUCAUCAAAGUCCUAGAAGUAGCAGCAGAAGAAUCAGAGCGGUGGCAAACUCAUCAAAAUCAGAAGACAGCGAUCUUUUGGACACCUGUACUGACUCACCAGGUAAAGAGAAUGAAUUUCAGGAUUAUCUGCUAAAACAGGCAAGACUUCUUGGUCAGAGUGACGAAUUUUGUCCUUUGGAAUCUGCACAUAAUUUCACCUGGAAACACGCAAAGAUGGAUGCAGAUGGGGAAAAUAAAAAGCUGCGCACACGCUCAAAAGGAACCAAGGUUCAAGUGGACUCUAUAGCGCAAGAGCUCAGUGCCUACAAAUGCUCUAUGGCUAAGAAGAGAAAAGCUGAAGAGCAGCUUUCAGGCGUUCCAGUCAACAAAAGAAAAUCCUUGUUAAUGAAACCCCGCCACUACAGCCCCAGUUUGGAAUGCAAAGAAGAAAAUGAAGACAGGACAGAUUUACAGGAAGAUAUCAAUGUCCUUGAAAGCAGUUCAACUCCAGGUAAGGAAAAUACUGCAAAAUCAUCUGAGGAGACUCCUAGUUUGGGUGGGCAAGAAAAUUCCAGUCAAAAGAAAGAUAACUACACCAGCUACCAAGAUGCCAUGGCCAAAUCUUUGAUGAACAUGGGAAAAUUAGCAAAAGAUGCACCCAGUCAAGCAGUGGCAGAAAAUCUAAAUGAUAGCGGCAUUCACUCCUUAAAAACAGAAAGUGAUGACACUGAUGAAUGUUACAUGAUUAACUCAGCUGAAGGAAAGGAAAAGACUGAUAUUUCUGACCCAAAAUACUGUUCGUCUGAAGAAAAUGAAAGUACCUCUGAAAUUAUGGACAACGAGUGGGACAGCUCGUCAAACUUUUCAGAAGAAACUAAUGCAAAGUCCCACGUAACUCAGAAAUAUAUUGUGGAGUGUAAUCAACCGAGCAUCCUGGAAGUCCUGGAAAUUAAGAAAGAAGAAGUAGAAUUUGGCCCUUGUGAAACAGUUUGUGACUCAGAAACAGAGCUAAGAGCACCCCAGGAGUCUCACCCAGACCCUUUUGAGAAGAAAAUUCAGAAUCCCUUCCCUGAAAGUGAGGAAGAUGACAACGAGUGCCUGUCAGAAACUACAGAAGUGUCAGUUGAUCUGGACAAAACGAAAGGGAACUUGAGUUUGCUAGAACAAGCAAUAGCUCUGCAGGCAGAGCAAGGCCAUGUGUUUCACAGCACCUACAAGGAAUUGGAUAGGUUUCUUCUGGAGCAUCUAACAGGGGAAAGGAGACAAACCAAAGUUAUUGACAUUGGUGGGAGACAGAUAUUUAGCAACAAACAUUCACCCCGGCCUGAAAAGAGAGAAACCAAAUGUCCCAUCCCAGGAUGUGAUGGCACAGGGCAUGUGACUGGGCUGUACCCUCACCACCGCAGUCUCUCAGGCUGUCCGCAUAAAGUUAGAGUGCCACUAGAAAUUCUUGCCAUGCAUGAAAAUGUUUUAAAGUGCCCCACCCCAGGAUGUACUGGAAGAGGACAUGUCAACAGCAAUCGCAACACACACAGAAGCCUUUCUGGUUGUCCAAUUGCUGCAGCUGAAAAGUUGGCAAUGUCCCAGGAAAAAAACCAGCUCGAGUCUCCAAAAGCUGGGCAGUGCUAUGAUCAGACUCACAGGACAAAUUUGACCAAGCAGCCUGAAGUAGCUCAGUACAAUUACAGAACUUCACAGCCAGUCACAUCCUCCAGAACCACCUUGAUGAAAGAACAGGAGAAGUUUGGGAAAGUACCAUUUGAUUAUGCCAGCUUUGAUGCACAAGUCUUUGGCAAACGCACAAUGGCACCAGUGGUGCAAGGACGAAAGACACCCCAGUUCCUUGAAUCAAAGCAUUUUUCAAAUCCAGUGAAAUUUUCUAAUCGACUGCCUAGUGCUAGCGCCCACACACAGAGCCCUUGCCAUGCCAACUCUUAUAGCUACGGUCAAUGUAGUGAAGACACCCACAUAGCAGCAGCUGCUGCUAUCCUGAACCUUUCCACCCGCUGCAGGGAAGCAGCAGAGAUCCUCUCCAACAAACCACAGAGUCUGUCUGCCAAGGGAGCUGAGAUAGAAGUGGAUGAAAAUGGCACUCUGGAUUUGAGCAUGAAAAAGAACCGAAGCCAAGACAAAGUUAUGCCUCUCAAUUCUUCCAGCACAACACUUCCUACUCCUUCCUCUUCUCCAUUCAAGACAAGCAGCAUCCUGGUAAAUGCAGCUUUCUACCAGGCUCUUUGUGAACAGGAAGGCUGGGAUACACCAAUCAACUACAGCAAGACCCAUGGCAGGAAAGAAGAAGAAAAGGAGAAGGAUCCAGUGAACUCCACAGAAAAUAUGGAGGAAAAAAAGUAUCCGGGAGAUGUCUCCAUACCAAGUCCUAAACCGAAGCUCCAUUCAAGAGAUCUCAAAAAGGAACUUAUCACCUGUCCAACUCCAGGAUGUGAUGGUAGCGGUCAUGUAACAGGCAACUAUGCCUCACACCGCAGUGUUUCUGGAUGCCCAUUAGCUGACAAGACAUUAAAAUCUCUUAUGGCUGCCAACUCUCAGGAGCUUAAGUGUCCAACACCUGGCUGCGACGGUUCUGGCCAUGUGACCGGGAAUUAUGCAUCACACAGAAGCUUGUCUGGGUGUCCUCGUGCCCGGAAAGGUGGUAUCAAAGUGACUCCUACCAAGGAAGAAAAAGAAGACCCUGAACUUAAAUGCCCAGUGAUAGGCUGUGAUGGCCAAGGUCACAUAUCAGGUAAAUACACUUCUCAUCGCACUGCUUCUGGUUGUCCUUUGGCUGCCAAGAGACAGAAGGAGAGUCCCGUCAAUGGGUCUUCACUAUCCUGGAAACUGAACAAACAAGAGCUGCCACACUGUCCUUUGCCAGGCUGCAACGGGCUGGGUCAUGUUAAUAAUGUUUUUGUCACCCACAGAAGCCUGUCUGGUUGUCCUCUGAAUGCACAAGCCAUAAAAAAGGGCAAAAUUUCGGAAGAAUUAAUGACUAUCAAGCUUAAAGCAAGUGGUGGUAUUGAGAGUGAUGAAGAAAUCAGACACUUGGAUGAAGAAAUAAAAGAACUAAAUGAAUCCAAUCUUAAAAUUGAAGCUGAUAUGAUGAAACUUCAAACCCAGAUCACAUCCAUGGAGAGCAAUCUGAAAACAAUAGAAGAAGAGAACAAACUUAUAGAGCAGAACAACGAGAGCCUGUUGAAGGAGUUAGCUGGCUUAAGCCAAGCCCUCAUCUCCAGCCUUGCUGACAUUCAGCUUCCGCAGAUGGGGCCAAUCAGUGAGCAGAAUUUCGAAGCAUAUGUAAAUACACUCACAGACAUGUACAGCAAUCUGGAACGGGACUAUUCCCCCGAAUGCAAAGCUCUGCUGGAAAGUAUCAAACAGGCAGUGAAGGGCAUCCAUGUGUAGGAUGUGAAAGCUGCUGGGCAACAGAAAUUACUUAACAGCAGUAAACUCCAGAUGGAUCUGUUAGGAGUUCAUGUACUGCUAAGGGGUGUAGGUUGCCAUGCUGCAUUUACAAUUGCAACAUUGCACUAAUUUUUUUCCCAGCUGACAUAAAAAAAAGAAGAAAAACACAACAGACUAUUUGUAUUAACA